ACGAUUUUUCAAUGAUAGAUGCGAUUUAAACUUUGACCAGUUCGUUUUCCAAAUUCUGAUUCUCCUGGAACAGACAGGGACUGUAGAGAACAACCAAGCAAUGAAAUCAGAUUUGCCUUUACUCGUUCAACUGUAACGUGAUUUAGGUAACAGAUAAUUUAAAAGUAUACAGAAUGGAAGAUAUACAUAGAAAAAGUGAACUUGUGCAUAUACUUGGUAUGCCAACACACAUUCUGAAGUAUGGAACUAUAGGACAGUCAGGAGUUAUAUUUCUCAUUAUACCAGGAAAUCCUGGUAUAGCUGAGUAUUAUGAUGAGUUUAUGAGAGUUCUCUAUCAGAAUAGUAAAUAUACCAUCCCAGUCUGGACUAUUUCUCAUGCAGGACAUGUGUCAAUACCAAAAUCUGCAGAUAACUUAGCUAUAGAAAAAGCAUCAUACAGUGUCUGCUCAUUGGAAGGACAAAUCAAACACAAGCUUACAUUUAUAAAAGACAACAUUCCAACAAAUGUAAAACUUGUUCUGAUUGGUCAUUCCAUUGGAUGUUAUAUGAUUUUAAAACUAUUAGAUGAUCUUGAUCACCAGGUUUUACGAUGUUUCAUGUUGUUUCCAACAAUAGAAAGAAUGGCGGAAUCACCAAAAGGACAAGUGGCGACACCUUUACUCAAAUAUUUAAGAUGGCUAGGAGCAUUAAUUGUGCAAGGACUCUCAUAUCUUUCACCACAUAUGCAAUUUAGGUUGAUUUUAUGGUAUUUCCGAGGCAAGACUGUUCCAGAUUGUAUUUAUAAUGCCUCUAUGUCCUUAUUCGAUUCAUUUUGUGUUAGCAAUGUUAUGUACAUGGCAAACAUGGAAAUGCAGAAAGUGAAAAAACUUGAUGAAGAUUUGAUUAAGAGACAUUUGUCGAAAAUUAGUUUUUAUUAUGGUUCUGACGAUCACUGGUGUCCAAAGUCUUAUUAUUAUGAAUUCAAAAAGAAAUUUCCACAUGCAGACACUCGUUUAUGUACAGAUGAUCAUGACCAUGCAUUUGUUUUGGAAGGAAGUCAACAAAUGGCAGAUAUUCUUUCAUCAUGGGUUGAAAGAGACCUGCAUAAAAUAAUUGAUUGAUUUUAAGGUCUAAGAUAUCUAAUUUAUCUACAGAUGUAUAAAUGUGAUAUGAAAAAUCAGUACAAGAUAUUCUUAAUAAUAUUAUUAUUUGUGAUUGAUUUUAAGAUUAUUCAUAUUUGCAAUAGAACUAGAGAAUUUUACCAAGUCAUGUAUUUAGAAAUUUCGUGAUUGGGUAGUAAACAUUAUUAUAAAAGUAUAUAAGAAUUUUUAAACUAAUCUUGAACCAAAAUGCUAGUAUUAUCUAUUAUUUUUUUUAUAAUUUUACAAUAAAUCUAAGAAAAAUU